AUGUUCAACGAGAACUUCUCCUUCAGAGGAUCAUCCCCACAUCCGCCUUCACUGCCCGUCAAUAUCGAAGAGUGGACCUCCGCAGAGAUCUCUCCGUUUACAUCGCGAUGUUCCUCACCACAUUCCUCUCGGACCGCAUCGACACGUCGUGACUCUCGCUUCGACGCAUACAGAAACGCCGGUGCACCUCGACAUCCUUCCAUCACCGCCCUAACCGCCCAACUACAAUCACAGGCCCUGAACGAUUCCGAAAGUCGUUCCCCCUCACCAUCACCCAGCGAUGUCACUUCUCCCGCAGAUUCGAGCCUCGAGACAGAUGCGGACGAGGGUUUCUACGACGGCCCAGACACACCCGCCACUACUCUUUCCGACUUUUCAUAUGAUUCAAAUGAUGUCGACCCGACACUAUGGGACCUGAGCAUGUCUGACACCAUGGUAGCGACAUCAUCUCCUCGACCGUCACUAUCACUCGAAGCACAAGCGUUGUCCUCAUACACGAUGCGGCGAAAACAACGACAAGCCCUGGUCAGGUUACAAUGCCUAGUCUCUCGAACACCAGAUCUCGCCAUGCUUAUUGAAGAAUGCCAUCCAAGUUCAUUACCGCUGGAGACGGAUAAGGCGAGAGCAUACAGUCCCAAAGGACGGAGCGGAUCCACGGGCAGUACGUCGGGGUGGGGACUUGUAAACGGCACCAAUAAUGGACGGACACUAAAAGAGCGAAACGGUUCGGUCGCUGCGGUUAGAAAAGCCCCUAGGAUGAGGAAGAGGACGAGAUAA